AUGCUAUUUAUUUCUCUAGGACAAUCAUUGAAAAUUGCUACUUUCUCUGGGAAUGGUUUCAUUUUAAAUAAAUUAAAAAAUCGACCAAUUACAAGUACUGAAGAAAGAAUUGAAAUUGAAUUUCAAACAAAACAAUCAAAUUCAAGUUUGUUUUGUGCAGGUAGCGAAACGCAAUUACUUCGUUUAGACAUAGUCAACGGGCUACUCAAAGUAUUUCUACACUUGCCAAUCACCGAAACCGACAUCCAAUUAAAUUUGGCAGAAGGAAAUGAUGUAGUUACUCAAAACCAUGGCAUUUACCGAAAGAACAAGCUAUCAAGUUUAUUUCAGUUGGAUAUUUUAAUUCAAUCGAAACUAGACCCAACAUUACGACUAGACGAUAACCAAUGGCAUUCUAUAAUAUUGACAAGAUCAAACUCAUUGUUACAGGUGUACAUAGAUGACGAUUUGGUAUUCACACGUUUACUUGGUUCAUCUAAUUAUCAGCGUCUAUAUUUAUUACAUACACAAAUUAUUGUUUUAGGUGGGCCAUAUAAAUUAGGUGAUAUAUUUCAAAUGAAUUCAAUGGAGAUUGUAUCAGAUAAUAAUUUUAUUGGUUUUAUUUCAAAAGCUAUUUUUCAAGCGGAUUCACUUGAAAUGAAUAUUCUCAAAUUUACAUUAUCCCAUUUACAUGGUUUUCGAAUUCAAUCAAUAUUUCCUUUAAUAAAUAAAACUUUUUAUUAUCAAACUAAUGAAAUGAAAUUAUAUCCUAUUGAACCUAUUGAAUUUAUUUCAAUAUGUGAUUUAAUCCAUUCUAUGAAUCAAAUAAUGAUUACAUCAUCGAUUUCAUUUCAUUCAAUAAGAAUUUAUAAAAAUAUAUUUAUUAUAUUAAAAUUACCAACAUUUAAUUUAUUAAAUUUAUUACAAAAUUCAAUGGAUUGUAUAAAACAAAAUUUAAAAUCUACAACAUAUUUAAUAAAUACAUUAAAAUGGAUUAAUAUAGAAAUACAAUUUAAUCAAUAUACAAAUAAACAAAAUGGUUUAUUAUUUUUAAUAAAUGAUAAUAAUAAUAAAUUAAAACAUUAUAGUUUUAUUGAAAAUUAUAAUCAACAAAUAAUCAAUAAUUAUCAUUUAAAUGGGAAUGUAUUCAUUGGUGCAGAAUUUCGUAAUAAUCAAUUAUAUAUUAUUAUACAAAAAAAUAAAAAAAUAUGGUUUAAUAUAAAAUUAAAUCAAUUAUCAUUAUUACAUAAUCAAUAUAAAUUACAAAUUAACUAUACAAUGAUUUGGUUAAUAAAUAAAAAUAAUCAUUCAUUAAAUGAUUUAUGGCCAUUAGUUAAAAUACAUUAUGAUAAUACAAUAGAUAAAUGGAUAACGAUUGGUCCAAAUAAUCAUUAUAGUAAUAAUAAUAGUAAUGAUAUCCAUUUGACAGUAUUAAAUAAUGAAGAAGAAUUGAAAUUAAUGAAAAAUUUAAAAAUAGUUAAUGAGGUUUAUCAAAACAUUUGGCAGAAUACAUUAUGGUUUGGUAGAACAUUAUAUUUAGGUGGUAUUAAUUAUACAAAAUUUAUUGAAAAUGGUUUAUUUAUACCAGGUAUUCAGAAUAUUCAUGAUAAAUAUCAACAUUUUCAAGGUUGUAUUACUAAGGUGACAAUUAAUGGUUUACGCUUGGAUUUACAAUCAGCUUUUGAAGCACGUUUACGUUAUUUACAAAGUAUUCAUAAUGAAAAAAUUCAAACAAUUACAAAAUUUUCUUUACCCUUAAAGUGCGAUAAUAACAACACUAAUAAUGUUACAACAGAAAUGUUAUCAAAUAUUUGCUCAUCAUAUGAUUCUAAUAAAUUAUCAUGUUCAUUAAAUAAACAAUAUCAUCAUCAUCAUCAUCACCAUCAUGAUCAUCAUUAUUAUCAUCAAAGAGAAAGAUUAUUAAAUUCUUAUUUGUAUAACUUAACUGAAUUAAAAGACUCUACAUUAAUUGUACAUUUCAAUGGAAUACAAUUAAUACGUAUACAACUUCCUGUUCAACAAUAUUCAUCAUUAUUAUGGAUUGUAUUUAUGUUUCAUACAAAUUAUUUAAAUGGAACUAUAUUAUAUACAAUACCUAAUUUACAAUAUGAAUUAAAUAUUAUAGACAAGUUUAUACCACAGAAAAUAGAUAAGAAUAUAUUAACAUUUGAAGAAAUAAAUAAAUUUAUUUUGCCUGUACAACAAUCACAACAAACAAUAAAUCAACAAACAAUUUACAAUGAGAAGUUUAACAACUUUCAAAUAUUACUUGUAAAUGGUUAUAUUCAUGUCAAAUAUAUUGUCGGUAGUAAAGAUGAAGUAUAUGAAUUACCUGUAUUUUUAUCUGAUGGAAAAUGGCAUUAUUUUGAAUUGAUUCAUAACAAUUCAUAUAUAACUGUUUAUUUGGAUAAAAAUGUAUUUAGUCAAAGGACAAAUUUAACCAUUACAGAAUUACCUGUUCAACAAAUAAUUAUCGGAUCAUCCAAUUCAUAUGAAUCGUCAUUAUUAUCAAUAAAUCCUAGGGUUAACCAAAUUACUGGUUAUAAUGGUGAUAUUGCACAUUUUUUAUACAACGGUAUCGAACUAAUGUCAUACAAGAAAAAACAUGUACACAUUCAAUAUCCAUUAAAUGAAAGUAAUUUAGAAAAUAGCUUUGAAUUUACACUAAAUCAGUGGGUGGUUGAAUUUACUGCCCAAUUAUUUGAAUAUAACGUAGGAUAUAGACCAACCACUUAUGACUUUCCUGUACAAUUUAAACUAUCCAAAUGUUAUCUUUCAAUUAUCAAUCAACAUUUUGAAAAUGUACCAUUACUUGUUAAGUUUUCUUUUAAAACAUCAAUUGAUCAAGGUGUAUUAUUAUUUAUUUUAAACAAAUUAAAUGACAAUUUUCUACUUAUUGAAUUAAUCAGUGGUCAUUUAUUAUUCUCAAUACAUUUGAAUAAUGAACUAAUAACAAAGAAGAUAACAACAUUGUCAAUAAAUAAUGGAGUAUUGUUUAAUGAUUCACAGUGGUAUACAGUUGAAUUAUUGCAAGAGAAUAAAGUAAAUGAUAUAUUGACAAUUCGAAUAAAUACACAAACAUCAAUUGAAGCAUUCACUAAUGUAAAUUUAAAUAAAUUAUUUAAUUAUAAACAAUUAUUUCCAAAUUAUGUAAUCAAUAUUGGUGGUUGUUCUAUGUCAGAUUUUACAAAAUUUCAAGAUAAAAUCAAAUCUAGAUUUGGCUUUCAAGGUUGUAUUGCAAAUUUCCAAUUGGAUCACUAUCCAACAAUCAAUCUUCAACAAAUGGCCAAAAUUUAUCCGAGUCCUGAUUGUAACGAUCAUAUAGUAUAUGGGUGUGAAUCAAUGACGUCUGGUUGUGCAUCAUCACAAAAUAGAAAUAAUAUCUAUCCAUUUCAGUCAAGUUUCCAUGAUUUCGAAUCUAGCGAUGAUUCGAGAAAUGUAUAUAUGUGUUAUAAUGAUGGAGAAUGUUUCGACAGAUUGAAUACAUUUUAUUGUGCAUGUGAUUUGACUACGUUUCAAGGUCAUCAGUGUAACGAAGUUGGUACGGCUUUGCAUUUUGGUAAAAUUGGUUUAAUCAAUGCUCAUUUGUUCAAUUCUAAUGAAACUUUAACUAAUGCAAAACAAUAUACUGGAUUUGUACAAUUUGAAAUUGAGUACAAUGAUUUAUAUACCGUAAAUGAUAUAUUCACUUUAGGACUACAAUUAGAUAUAAAAAGGUUGCAUCAUACAGACAAGUUGAUAUCAAUCGAUAAUGAUUUUAUCACUUUGUUAUUUGCUGGAAAUCAAUUUCAAAAUAACUCAAAUUAUCUUCAUGUCUACUUGGAACAAGGAUAUUUAAAAAUGAAAUUUUUAUUGGAUGGUUCAAUGAUUGUUAUUGAUGGUCCAAAAAUCAAUGUACAAGAUGGAUAUUAUCAUAGGAUUCGGGGAAUUAGAUCCAGAAAUCAGAUUCUCCUUGAAGUUGAUCAAUAUCAAACUGUUUAUCGUUUGUACAAUGAAUUUACUUCACUUUUGAAAACACGUUAUAUAUGGUUGGGUCAUUCACCAUUGUCAAAUUAUUCGGAUUUCAUACAAGGCUACGUAACAGGGGUUUACUACAAUGGAUUACGGCUAACUGAUCUUGCAUCUGGUUCACAGUAUCUGACAUUUGUUAAAGUAACGCGAUACGCUGAAGUAGAGUAUACAAAUACGUUUCAAUUGAAAUUAGGACCAAAUAGUCCAUUUUACACUAAAUCCAAUUUACGGAAAAGUAAAAAACAAUUACAACUGUCGAAAUCUUCAUCUUCGAUCUUCAGUCCAGUUGAAAUUUCAAAAGAUUUUAUUACAGAUUUCAAUAUACCUAAUACCAAUGGAAAUAAAUGUUCAACAUGUACAAACAAAGACAAUUUUUCAAGGAAUCCAUCACCUUUUGUAUCAUCAUCAUCAUUAUCAUAUUCAAAUGAUUUAUUAUCUAAUUCCGAAAUUCAACCAACAAUAAUAACAUUUACAAAAUCAUUAAACAUUUGGUUAUUUAUUUGUUUAAUUUUAACCGGUUUAAUUUUAAUUAGUUCAUUUGGUUUCCUUAUUUAUCGUUGUACACAACAUAGACAUAUUAAAGAAUAUGAUAAUCAUAUACCACAACAUGAACAAUCUACUUCGACAAAUGAACCACAUUUAUUACAAUCAAUAGAGAAUGUUAAAAUUAAUAAAUUUAAUAAACAAGAAUAUUAUCAAAAUAAUCAUUUUUCUCAAAAUCAAUUACAACAAAAUAUUUCAUUAUAUCAUACAGGUUAUUUAAAUGAUCAUAGAAAGGAAUUGAAUUCAAUAAUGCCUUCUUCAUUUUUGAUUCGUAAUGAUCAAUAUGCAAAUGAUAAAAUUGAUAGUUUACCAACAUCUUUAUAUAUAGAUAAUGAAACACUUUCAAAUCUAAAUGAAACUCAUACUAGUCAGAAUAAAUUACAAGAUGAGUUAAAUAAUCAACAGAUUGAUGAUUAUAAAUUAGAUAGAUAUGUAAAUUUAUCUACUUGGUCUACAAUACGAAAUAAUAAUAAUAAUAAUAAUAAUAAUAAUCUCAAUGGUAAUUUCUUAAAACAUUCCAAUUUCUUUACUUAUCAUCCUCAUCGACAUAAUUUACACAAAUCUAGUAUAAAUGAUUUUACAUUUGUACAAAGUAGACAAGCAAUAUAA